GCUGCGGCGCGGGCCGGGCCUCCCUCCUCUUCCUCCUCUUCCUCGGCUGUUCGCAGCACUAGCAGCAGCAGCAGCAGCAGCGCAGGGAGCCGUGGCGUCUGGAGGCUUGGCCAAGGAGCAAGGGGGAAGGAAAGGAAGAGCCCAGAGUCUCCAUGCAGGCGGGCAGCCCUCAGACCAUUGCAUUCUGGAUGCCCUUUGUGGAUAAAAGAUGUAUCAUGGAAUGAAUCCGAACAGCAGGGAUCCCUUCCUAGAAAAGCAAGAGCAAGAGCUGCAGCAGCAGCCACCUCCACCACUGUCCCUGCGUUCCCAGUCCAGGCUCUCCCUGGUGGUCUUGUGGUUCCAGCUGGCCCUGUGCUUUGGCCCUGCGCAGAUCACAGGCGGUUUUGAUGAACUCCAUGCUUGUGCAGAUCCUGGAUUCCCUGAAUAUGGAUAUAAGAUGCCCAGCGCAGGUGUUUUCUUUGAAAGCUCUGUAGUCCGGUUUCAUUGCCAAGAAGGAUACAGGCUUAAAGGUCCCUUCAAAAAGCUUUGUGAAAGACAUUUUAACGGCUCCCUAAGCUGGAAGCCAAGUGAUAAACCUGUGUGCCUACAAGAAGUUUGUCCACUACCUCCUACGGUGACUCAUGGAGAUUACAUUUGCCAUCCGCGGCCUUGUGAACAUUACAACCAUGGAACUGUGGUUGAAUUCUAUUGUGAUCCUGGCUACACUCUCACCAAUGAUUACAAAUAUAUCACUUGCCAGUAUGGAGAAUGGUUUCCAUCAUAUCAAGUAUACUGUAUCAAAACAGAACAAACCUGGCCAAAUACACAAGAAACUCUCCUGACAACGUGGAAGAUUGUGGCAUUCACUGCUACAAGUGUUCUUCUGGUGCUUCUGUUAGUCAUUUUAGCCAGAAUGUUCCAGACCAAAUUUAAAGCACGCUUUCUUCCAAGAGGUGCUCAGGAGAACUGCAACAGUGGACCUGACUUUGUGGUGGUGGAUGGUGUUCCUGUCAUGCUUCCUUCCUACGAUGAAGCUGUUAGCAGUGGCUUGAAUGCCUUAGCACCAGGAUGUAUGUCCCCUGCAGGCCAGGGGUAUAUUUUGCAGGCUGAUGAUCAAAACCCUCCAGCAUAUCCUGGGCCAGAUGAUUUGGACAGGUUGCCAGCAGAGUUUGAUACCUGUGACAGCAUUUCAGGAUCUUCUGAACUUCUUCAAAGUUUAUACACAUCUUCAGUGUGUCAGAUGGGAGCAUAUCCUGUCUCAGAGAGGACUGAUGCUAUUAACAGCACCACUGGGGAAGUAGCAUCUACCAGCCCAAGCAUUGACAUUGCAGAUGAAAUUCCAUUGAUGGAUGAAGACCCUUAAUCUACACAAAUCUUGCUCAUACUUUUGUGGAGGUUUGGGGAAAAUAUCAUGCACAUAUGUAUACAUACAUACCUAUAUAUCUAUAUAAAUCUCUAUAUAAAAACUGACUAAAGAUGGGGGAGGGUAUUUUCUGUUUUUAUAUAUCUUUCACAUUAUGAUGUCACCAGAUUCUGUAUGCAUAUCUUAAUCAACUUUGGAGGUUGAGAGCAUCAGCUAUUCAAAAGCAGCUUUACAAAAUGAAUCCUGAGGAUUUGAUGAGACUAGUCACUGAAAAAGAACAGUAAAUUCAUGGAUAGUGACGAUUGUAUCUGCAUCGCAGGAAGUUUUAACAACUCUUUAGAAACACCAGAGAGAGUGAUUUGUGGUACAGGUACAAAAAUGCCUAAUGAAACAUGUCAUAUUAUGUAAAUUUUGCUUUAUCAAAGCUGCUUCAUAUUUAUGAUUGCCCACAAUUUGCAAAAGAAUCCUAAUUUAUUUGG